GAUGGGAUUUCCUUACUCCAGCAAAGCCUUUUAUGAGGAAGCAGACAACAGUUUUGUUCACCCUUCAGGGUUUUUGUAGUACUUUUAGGGAAGAAACUGCAAAAGAAAAACCUUCAGUGAAGCUAAAACAGGCAAAUUCUCCAGUGAUGUCAUGCGAAUAAAUAAUGCAUAUUGGAGCAGAUUCGUGCGAGAUGUAUUUUUUAUUUCGCAGUUUUUGUUCUUCAUUUGUUUUCCCUCAUGCAGUUAUAGAGAUUUUGAAAGAGGAUGCAUCUCUUGUUGCAAACGGCAUGAUGUGCAGAUAUUUCAAUGAAUGAACGGUCGGCUGACUGCGAAAGGGAAUAGGAGGAUAUUCCACUGGGAAUGAAGCGCCUCCCCUUUAAUCGCUCGGUUGAGUUUCUCUCGGAGCUGUUGUCGCUUCUCUUCACUCGCACAUUUGCAGGCAGUCGUUAGAGGAACUCCGGCUGAUUUUCAGCGCUUCUUGUUUUUGUUCCGGGAAAGCUGCCGUUUUUCCUUUUUUUUUAUUUUGCUUUUGUGGAAUAAAAAUCGCACGCUGUGGAAGGUUUUAUCACUUCUCUGUGGCUUUUUUUUAUUGUGAGCGACAUGAAGAAACGCGGAGUAAAGCGUUCAAAGUGGCUGAAGGACUGAAUAGGCUUGCCUCCUGCUCUCACUCCACCAUAAUCCAGCACCGUUUGCGAUGGCCAAGUGGCUGAAAGACUACCUGAGCUUUGGCAGCAGGAAGGUGCCUCCACAGCCGCCCACACCAGACUACACAGAGAGCGAGAUCCUCAAAGCCUACCGGCUCCAGAGGGACCUGGACUUCGAGGAUCCCUACGAGGACUCAGAAAACAGGUCCAGGUGUGAGUCUGGGGCUUCUGACCCUGCCACACCUGUGUACGGGUCCCCCAUGAAGUCGGCCAGCGUGGAUGUGAAAUCUCCCAAACACAGACUGAUCAAAGUGGACUCCCAGGAGCUGGGGCGCACCAAGAUCCUCCUCAGUGCCAUCUCUUUAGAGGACCAGCAAGAGCCUGUGGUGCCGUCUGCUCCGCUGGCAGGAGACACAGAUUAUUCUGACCCAUUCGAUGCUCGCUUGGACCACAGGCCAGAACCAGAUCACAGACCGGUUCCCUGUGAGAACAACGGCUACAUGGAACCGUAUGAGGCCCAGAGGGUCAUAACAGAGCUGCAGCGUGGUCCAGGAGGAGGACGAUCACGGGGCGGCGUGCAGCUCUACGACACCCCCUAUGAAGAUGAGCGAAGCCAGCGGCUGGGUCUGUUGUACGCAGAACCUCAGGAGGAGGGCAAAGAGAGCAGCAGGCUGCCACAAGAUGAUGAGAGACCGGCUGAUGAGUAUGACCAACCUUGGGAAUGGAAAAAGGAUCACAUCUCCAAAGCUUUUGCAGAAAUGAGGGAGUUGUCGGAGUUGCCCUGGCCUGCCCCAGUGGGUCAGCUGGAGGAGGAGCCCCCCGUCAGAGAGCAAGUGCAGUUUGAUGGUGCAGAGUGGGACCGCUCCUCGUCGCCCACGGAGAGGUUGCGUCCACCGGGGCCCAGGUCCAGCCCGCUAGCGGGAGGGGGGAUAAAGUUUCGAAUGCCGCAGGAAGGCCUCGCCAUGGUGGGGGAGCGAGUGGACCCUACUCUACCUCUGGAGAAGCAGGUAUGGUACCACGGCUCACUGUCGCGUUCGGAGGCAGAGUCGCUGCUAACGCUGUGUAAAGAGUGUAGCUACCUGGUGAGGAGCAGUCAAGGCAACCGCUCUGACUACUCCCUGUCCCUACGGAGCUGCCAGGGUUUCAUGCACAUGAAGUUCACACAGUAUAAAGACGGCAAGUACGUGCUGGGACAGAACAGCCCUCCCUUUGACACCAUCCCAGAAGUCAUCCACUUCUACACCAAUCACAAACUCCCGAUCCGAGGAGCCGAGCAUCUGUCUCUGCUGUUCCCCGUGCUGGUGCAGACACUCUGACACUCCUCCUGGACCUCCAGGCUUCCAUUGUGAUCGGACACGUAAAACUGAAUGUUUGAUUGGAUCUUCCCAGUGGAGUGCCAGUCCUCUCUUCAUGUUUGACUGGACUAUUUUUGAUGAUUCAACACACCAGAGGCAGAUGCCCUCGCCCACCACUGCUGUUGUACCUGUGCCAAGUGUCUCUAACAUCCGGGGGAUCGAUUCACACGAAAUGCAAUACCUGAACUUUCGGCCACCUUUGCUGUAACUCUUCUCUCUCAUCUCCAUGUUGAACCGAGGGGGCUGACUUCAGGAUAUGUGAAAUUCUCCCUUUCUUUAUUACAUUUCUUACAUAGCUGAGUGAAAUGCAGAGGAAGUUAGCAGAGCUGUAGCUGGGAGAAAGUCUGUAUACUCUGAAUGUACUGAUGCCCCAGUUUCCUGCAGGAGAUUUAAUUACUGCUGUUCCACAAAACACACCUCAUUGACACUGGUAAAAAAAAAUAUUGCUGUUGUUAGGUGAAAACCUCACUAGGCAUAUUUUGCUGAUUUUUCAUGUUUAUAUAAAUCAAUAAAUUAAAUUGUACUGUAUACAAUGAGAAAUCUUUUCAUCCUCGGGCUUGGGAGCCCCUGUAUAAAUGUUGGAAUUCUUUCCAUAAAAAACAAAAAACAAUGCUAUUUUCAAAUAUAUAAGGUUUUUACCAACAGCAGUUAUAUUUCAGAUGCUUUUCUACACAAAGCCACACCUGCUAUUUGUCACCCAGUCUGUUCUGCACUGUCAUGCUGCUGUACGUUGAGGAUUUGCUUGACACAUCUCCAUGUUACCUGUUGAUUGUUCAUUGUGAGCAACAGAGAAGCUGUGUUGUAUUGGUACUUGUGUUGACCUUGCUGACCCGUAACUCUUGUUGGUUGCUUAUGUUGCAUUUAGUAGACAAUGCUGGGUUUGUAAAAAAAAAAAAAAAAAAAAAACCCUGUCACUGCUGUCAUUGUCUUUUCACUGACUAAAAGGAA